UGCCAGGCUGAUCAAAACACCUUUCGCUGCUAUACAGGGUCCCCAGUUGAAACCAAUACUACCGUAUUCUUCAUCUCCGGGAACCCGGGUCUGAUCGGGUACUACCACUCAUUCCUAUCCUUGCUAGUGCGGUAUCUCACUGAUUCCGACGAGCCGACGCGGAAAAAGUCAUACUUGUACCACAUCUACGGAUGUAGUCUUGGCGGCUUCGAAGUGCAUGAUGAUGAAUACUCACCUUCAAAAUCUGCAUAUGGGUCUCAUAAUUGCGACAAUCAGGACGAUUCGAACCAAAGGACCAGGCUCUAUGGCCUGGAGGAUCAGAUAUGCUUCGUCCAGGAGAAGCUCGCGGCUUUGAUGGAUGAUGAUACUGGUACCUCUGAUCAAGGUUUAUGUACUGCUCAAAGACGGAAGGUCAUUUUAAUUGGACACUCUGCGGGGGCGUAUAUCGCGAUGGAAAUAGUGAGAAGGCACCGUGAAGCUGGGUUAAAUUUGAAUCCGUCUCAACCAAUCAGGCCAAGGCCAGCCUUCGAUAUUGUUGGUGGUAUUAUGCUAUUUCCGACGGUGCUAGAUAUUGCGGUUUCGCCCUCGGGAAGAAAAUUGACGACCCUCUUAUAUUUUAUCCCGCGACUCGCUGUUAUCGCCAGUUCCCUCGCUCGAUUCCUCAUUCUUGUCCUUCCCACGACUACUCUAUACUCUUUAGUUCGUUUCGUCAUGAACGAUCCCCCUACACACGCUCUAGACACGACAGUCACAUUCCUUAGAAGCACAGACCGCGUGAGACAAGCCCUACACAUGGCCGCCGAUGAGAUGCGGACUAUCACCUCGGACAAAUGGACGGACGAUGUAUGGGGCCUUGCUACUGCGUGUGAGCCCAUCACGAAACUAUUCUUCUAUUUCGGACGCAAUGAUCAUUGGGUUGCGGAGCAGACGAGGGACGAGAUUAUUGCAUCAAGAGGGCAGCAUGAUGGGCUGGGGCCGAGGAUGUUUAUUUGCGAGGAGGGAUUGCCGCAUGCUUUCUGUUUGAAAGAUAAUGACAUUAUGGCUCGUAAGGUUGCCGGGAUGAUACGGGAGAUUGGAAACAGUUGA